AUGAAAGGCAAAAAGACGCUCAGUAUUAAGGAAGCCUUUGAGCAGGCUCAAAAACCUCACCAAAACCAUGCAAAGUUAGCAACAUCUUUGAAGCACACAUACAAUGAGUUGCAGGACAAAAGCUGUUUUCAUGAGAAGUUUGUUCAUUACCUUAAGUAUGCCAUGAUCAUCUACAAACGGGAACUUGCAGUAGAGAACGUGAUAAACUUUGUGGCCAAGUUUCUUGCUUCUUUUUAUGAGCCAGAAAAAGAUGACACUGAAGAGGAAGAAGCAGAGAAUUCGUUAUUGAAUUAUUUGUUCAACUUUUUGCUUGAGUCCCACCAGGCUAACAGCAAUGCAGUUAGAUUUCGAGCAUGCCAGCUUAUUAAUAAACUUUUGGGAAGUCUGCCAGAAAAUGCUCAAAUUGAAGAUGAGCUGUUUGAUCAAAUUAACAGUGCCAUGCUGCUCAGAGUGAAAGAUAAAGUUCCAAAUGUGAGAAUUCAAGCUGUGCUGGCAUUAUCCAGACUUCAAGAUCCAAAAGACAAUGAUUGCCCAGUGGUUAAUGUUUACAACAAUUUAAUUGAGAAUGACUCCAAUCCAGAAGUCAGGCGUGCUGUAUUGUCAUGUAUUGGUCCAUCAGCAAAAACUCUAUCAAAAAUUAUAGGUCGUACCAUGGAUGUAAAAGAGGCUGUCAGGAAAUUAGCAUACCAGGUUCUGGCAGAAAAGGUUCAUAUGAAAGCUUUGACAAUUGCUCAGCGAGUAAAGCUUUUGCAGCAAGGACUUAAUGAUAGGUCAGAAGCUGUGAAAGAAGUCGUGCAGAAGAAACUGCUCCAAGCUUGGCUUCGUCUGUGUGAGGGGAAUGUGUUAGAAUUGCUUCAUCGGCUGGAUGUAGAAAGUUGCCCUGAAGUUGGUGUUACAGCACUUAAUGCCAUGUUUUUGCUAUCUUCACUCAAUGAUUUGAUUAAAAACUUUGCAGACCUUGAUGACAGGAAAGUAAUUCCAAUAGAAAAACUAACAGCGGAGAAUGCAGUAUUUUGGAAAGCUCUUUGCGAGUACCUGAAAUCUGCAGGAGAAGGAUUUUUAGAGCAUGUUCUUCCAGAGCCUGCUGUAUAUGCAGAUUAUCUGUUAAGUUACCUUCAGAGUAUGCCAGUCCUCACCCAAGAAGAAAUGGAAGACAUGGCCUCUGUUGAGCAUUUGAUGACCAAGGAAUUCAUUGGUCAGCAGCUGAUUCUCAUGAUAGGCUGUAUGGAUACCUCUGAAGAAGGAGGAAGAAAAAGACUCUUGAUUGUCUUGCAAGAAAUCCUUAUGAUUCCAACCACUUCGGCAUCCCUCGUACCAGCACUUAUGGAGAAACUGCUUUGUAUUCUCAAAGACGAUGACAGAAGAAUCCAGAUUGUUGCUGAAAUCAUUUCGGAAGUGCGUGAGGCAGUUAUUACAUUAGAAGAUCCUCCAGAUGCAACUGAAAUACGAAACCAACAGCUUCAACUGGCUGAAACAAAAGUGAAACUUAUGGAAGCAAAAGAUGCAUUGGAGAAAUGUGUGGCCCUGCAGGACUUCAGCCAUGCGUUAUUGUUGAAAGAGAGGAUUGCAGAGCUGGAAGACAUUAAAAGUGACCUGUUGAGAAAGGCAGAGGAGCCUCAGACAAAAGAAAUAUGCAUUGAAAAGGAUGACCCUGAAACACUACUGAAAUGCCUGAUGAUGUGCAAUGAACUUUUAAAGCAGCUGUCCCUCUCUAAAGGACUAGGUCCAACAAUGGAUGGAAUAAUUGAAUCCUUGAUCAUUCCAGGAAUUACUAAUAUCCAUCCAGCUGUAAGAAAUAUGGCAGUUUUAUGUCUGGGCUGUUGUGGUCUGCAAAGCAAAGACUUUGCCAGAAAGCACCUUGCAUUGCUGCUACAGGCCUUGCAAAUUGAUGAAAUGAAGGUAAAAUUAAGUGCUUUAAAGGCUGUCUUUGACCAGCUAUUGAUGUUUGGAAUAGAGCCUUUCAAAACAAACAAAGAAAAAGAUUCCCAAAGUGAAAAUGGAGAGAAUGAACAGGAGGAGACUAGGGAAACUGAAGAAGAAACUGCUACUGUUCACAAUCUCCUUCAGCUUCUUUCUGGGUUCUUGGACAGUGAGGUUUCAGAACUCAGAACUGAAUCUGCUGAGGGCCUUGCCAAGCUCAUAUUCUCUGGACGACUGAUAAGUGCUAAACUUCUUUCUCGACUUGUUUUGUUGUGGUAUAAUCCACUAACUGAAGACGAUACUCGACUCCGACACUCACUGGGAGUUUUCUUCCCUUUAUUUGCCUACUCAAAUAGGGCAAAUCAGGAGUGCUUUGAAGAAGCUUUUCUUCCAACUUUGCAAAUAAUCUUUAAUGCUCCUGCUUCAUCCCCAUUGUCUGAAGUUGAUAUAAGUAAUGUUGCUGAACUUUUUGUGGACUUGACAAGACCUAGUGGACUGAAUCAAUGUGCCAAGAAUUCCCAGGGCUUGACAGUCCAUGACAAUUUAGCGAUGAAAAUAUGCAAUCAAAUCUUGAUGGAUCCAAGUGCACUGGAUGUCCGUAUCUAUGUGAAAGCUUUGAGUUGUUUAGAACUCAAUAAAGACUGUUCAAAAGACCUGCUAGCUUUGCUUGAUGAAAUCCUUGAGACUGUGAAAGAUAAAAUGUGCUUACGGAUGGUUGAAAAAGUGAAGAAAAACUUAAAUGGGGGAAACCAAAUCAAUGGAGAAAUCUCUAAACUAACCAUGGAGACGGACCUUUCCGAAGGAUGUCAGAACGCCAGGGAUCCCAGCACGCCGCACAGUGGUGACAGAACAUACAGUCCCGCUGAUCACGAUGUGGACGAAAGUAAAACCAGCCAACCUGCUGAGCAGAGAGAGAACACAUCUGCAGAGUCAGUACCUCCAAGAAGCAAAGCCACAAAAGGUGUGAAGAAAACUGAAGCAAAGUCUUUGCCCAGAAGAGGAAAUCGUAGAAUAGCAGAACCUGAAAGCAGUGAAGAAGUUCACCCGCCUGUUUCACUAGCAAGUUCAAGGCCAUCUCGCCAAGCGAAAACAGCAGCACUUGCAAAAACCAGAAUGAAUCUCUCUAAGCUUCUAGACGAAGAAUUGGUUGACUGAAAUGUAGACUAACGAUUCUUGCUAUGAACACACUUUUAAAUAUUGAAUCUAAAAAGUCCAAUAAAUCAUUUCUUGGUUUUAAUUUUUGCAACUCUUUUUAGAUGAAGUAUUAUAGGUAUUAAAUCAGGAAGCCUUGACUCUUGUACUUGAAAGUAGUUUUUUCUGGCUUGGUUUCUUGUUAAAGAAAAUGCAUCUGUAGUAUAAAAUAUAGAGACUCAAACCUUAAUUUAACAAUGGUUUGCUGCAUAUCUAGCUUCUUGCAGAUAGA